AUGUUUAUUAAAAUCUUUCAUGUGUUUUUUAUUCAUUUAGCAACAACAACAAGUAGCACGACAUCAACAACAACUCCAACACCUCCUUGUACACCAACUUCUGUUGGCUCUGCAAGUACACUAUAUUCAACAUCAUCUGGCAGUGCAACUUCGUACACAUGUUUUGCAUAUGGAUGGACAUCACCUACUACAGGUUUAGUUACUCUUGCUUUUGAAUUACGUCAUGAUCCGGACUACUGGUUUCUUGAUGAUGUGUCAGUAUAUGCUGGAGCUGUUCAAAUGUUGAGUAAUACAGGUUUUGAAACUGGUUCUCUUUCACCUUGGGCACGAACAACACCGUAUGGGUCUUGCUCGGGAAUAGCAGGCCAUGUAUGUAAUGGUAGUUAUUCUCCUCACAGUGGAAGUAAUCAUUUAUGUGAUGGAAGCAAUGGAUGUGCUGAUCAAAUUAGUCAACAAUUUAUGGCUACAGCUGGAGAAGUCUAUGUUAAAUUAUCUAUUAAACAAAAGAUAGACGAAGUGAGAAGUGAAUCAAUUCCAUUUGAUCAAUAUGAAUCAAAAACAUACUCUCCAACUGUCAUUCAUUCAUCUAUGCUCGAAAAGCAAGAAAUUUCAUCAACAAAUGAAACAAAUAUUAAUCAUCCAAGAGUAGUUUCAUCAAUUAUAGAUCAAAAUCAUCCCGUUUCAGUAACAUCAUCAUUCAAUAAAUCCUUCACUUUUUUCGAGAAUGCUGAUACCUCAAGUGUUUUAUCAGGAAUAAAAUCAAUUGAAGAUUAUCGAGAACAAAAACCAAAUCGGAGAAGUCGUCGAUAUACAAACGCAGUUAUUGAAAGAGAAAUAAAGAAACCAUCAAAAAAUAUUGAAAAUAACCAAACUGAUAAAAAAAAUCGACGUCGUCGUCGUCUUUGUAAACUUUGUCCAGCAUACUCGAACUGUUGUUGUGUUUCAACAAUUAUUGGAAUUUUAUUAGCUCUUUUUGGUAUAACUGCUCUUCUAGUUUUUAUUUUCACAAGUAAACAUGUAACAACAACAACAACGUCAACUACAAGCACAACAACAACUCCAACACCUCCUUGUACACCAACUUCUGUUGGCUCUGCAAGUACACUAUAUUCAACAUCAUCUGGCAGUGCAACUUCGUACACAUGUUUUGCAUAUGAAUGGACAUCACCUACUACAGGUUUAGUUACUCUUGCUUUUGAAUUACGUCAUGAUCCACACUACUGGUUUCUUGAUGAUGUGUCAGUAUAUGCUGGAGCUGUUCAAAUGUUGACUAAUACAGGUUUUGAAACUGGUUCUCUGUCACCUUGGGUACGAACAACACCGUAUGGGUCUUGCUCUGGAUCAGCAGGCCAGAUAUGUAGUGGUAGUUAUUCUCCUCACAGUGGAAAUGAUCAUCUAUGUGAUGGAAGUAAUGGAUGUGCUGAUCGGAUUAGUCAACAAUUUAUGGCUACAGCUGGAGAAGUCUAUGUUGUGAGUUUUUGGUUAAAAUCAGGUUCAACAGGUUCUACCAUAUCUGCGAAAGUUACGCUCUCGUAA